AUGAAAUACAUUAGUAUCUUAAUCUUAUGUAUCAUGGCUGUGGCAGCCAAUGUGUGCCAGAACGAUGCCCAGACUGCAGGAUCUCCUCUCUCUGGAAGUUUCGAAAUGGCCGGACUUACAUACGUCAAUCUUCUGGAUAUUUUGGAAGACCAAGGCAAUGAAUUACUCUAUUUCAUUGGGCAUUUUAUUCCACCUCCAUGGGACACAAUAAUCUACAAGUCGGACCCAGCCCUGGGCAUAGUGCAAGUGAUGACUUAUGAUAUCUACUGCAACUACCUUUCCUACGCCAUGUCUCCAAACAGUGAGUUCAUCUAUAUCCAAGACUUGACUACGGGAAAGAUAUUCGAGAUCAGGACUUCAGACCUGGUCAUCUCCAGGGAGUUGUCAGUUAGCUCUGCCUCUGUGGAUUUGAAUUCAAACAUGGAAGUGAGUGAAGGCUUCUUCUUCAGCCUCACCAUUAGCUCAAUCAUGCACACUUGUAGAUGGGAUAUGUCAAGUACCAAUCUCAACUGAUUCACUUUCGGAGUCAACAGUCAGGCCAAUUUGGCCCCAAUCAAUGCUGAUCUGCUGUUCUUUGGAUCAACUGACACAGCAGCCGACCAAUACUACCUGGUGAACUACAACUUCUCCUCCUCCAGCCUGGUCUGGAAGAAGAGCAUUGCCUGUCCCACUUCGGGCUGAGUGAACAAAUUCAGCAACUCCCUGGUGAGCAGAGAUGAAAAGUGGGUUUACACAAUGAUACUGUACGAUGGCAACUUUAUUUUCCAAAAACUCAGCACCACCGAUGGGAGUCCCCAAAGCUCAGGGCUGAUUUGGAACGACAGUGGGUAUUAUACUAGUUACUGAAUGAAAGAGUUCAGUGAUUUCAUUGCCUUUCAGAUUCGCAGUACCUCAUUACCAAAUGAUAAAAACUUGGUUCUGGUCUCUCCCUCGGCCGCAGAAGUUGUGAAGGAGUACAAGUCUGUGAGCUCGAGUGCUUUUGCAGUUGGAAGGUUGUUAUAUAAAGAGGAAGAGCUAAUGUUUCAUUCUGGAAGAAUACCCACCAAUAACACAUUCUUCCUUGCAAGAUCACCCACAAACAACAUUGGACAACUUUCUGAGUUUGAAGAAGACACUCCUCUGUUCAGUCCAAUUACCACAAACUAUCAGGUGACUGCAACAGCAUCUACCCCAAACAUUACAACAAGUACUAAUACACUCACUAUCACAACUUCUUCAGUAAUUACGACUACAGAUAUCACAUCAUCGACCAGUCCUUCAUUUGCUAAGCAUGUGGCUUUAUGGAACUCAGACCUUAUACAGUCAGUGCAGAGCAACUCUUCGGUCCAGUUGAGUUUUACCUGGGCCUGUGCUCAGUCAACAAAUAGCACAGCCAUAACUUUUAGUCUGAACCAGACUGGAACCAAUGCAGUCCCAGAUUGGGUAAAUUUGGACGCUAGCAGCUUACAGUUAAAUCUUACCACCACUCCCAGACUUGCCGUUGCAACAGUUUAUUAUUUUUCUCUGAAGAUUGCCUUCAACAGCGAGGUUCACUACAAGAACUUCCAGAUCACCGUCGAAGAGUGAACUAUUGAACACUGAGAUCUCUGACAACUGGGCAGCCCCAGUAUUUGACAGACUUGUGCAGAUGGCUAUCAAAGCUCUAACGCAGGCACAUCUUGUUCCAUCAUACCUAAAUCAACUACACCAACUGAAGCAACUACACCAGCUGAAGCAACUACACCAGCUGAAGCAACUGCAGUAACUGGAGCAACUGAGACUACUACUGCACUUAUUGGAUGAAGUGUUGUGGCUGCUAGUGCUUCAUCAAUGAUAUCAUUGUCGUCUAUAAACUCAAUAUUUAGCCUUAUGAACGGUAUGCAACUGAUAUUGUUAUUACCCAUGGUUCCUGACUUCUUAUCUCCUGUGGUCGAAGCUUAUCUUAACGGGAUAAGUUUUUCAAUGCUAUCUUUCGAUUUCAUUAAUAUCAAGGAUCUGUGGUUUAUAAGCGAUGUUUCUAGCUCUCUUUCGUAUCCUCAAACCGAUAAUUACCUGAAUGAUCUUGGAUUGAGGUCAAAGAGCUCAAUCGCGAAUAAUCUAUCGUUAUUGCUAGUUGUUGCUUUCUUUGGAUUGAUUCAUUUAUGAAUUUAUAUAAUGGUAAACUGCACUAAAAAUUCAAAGCAUCGGAAGUGGAAAAGUUUUAUUGAUAGGCUUUUCAAAUUCUUCACGUUCAACAUAUACAUAAGGCUGCUUAUUCAGGCAUUCCUGUUCCUGUGCUUAUCCAGCUUCUCUGAAUUUAGCGACCUCAAUUUCAACUCUACUGUAGCCGAGGUAUCCUUUGGGUUAUGAGUUGUUUUAACAAUAUUUCUUAUUGUGCUGCUUCUUUUAUGAUUUCAUAUGUACUAUAUAUCAUGCUCUCAAGCUGAUCAAGAUAAGUAUUGGCAAUGAAGUGAAUAUUUUAAUGGAGUCAAGACAAAUAAAUACUCCAAGCUUUAUUCAAGCGUGUACUUGAUGACUAGACUUUUACUAGUAUUAUUUCUCGUUUUAGGGAAAUCAUUUAGCGCAGUUUAUAGAGCUGCUUUUUUCUGCUUUAUAAAUGUUUCUUAUGGAGUUUAUUUGCUUACUUCCAGACCAUUCGAAAGCACGCAAGAUAGCAUUAUCGAGUGCUUAAAUCAGACUUUAUUCUCUUUCUUGGCUAUUCCAUUGUUGUGGUUGAAUACAGAAGAAGCAUGGACUUCAUCCUAUGAAAUGUUUUAUACAAUUACAUUUGUCUCUGCUUCAAUGAUAUCUUCUAUAAUAUGCUUCAUAUUUCUCAUAAAGUCAAUAAUAUCCUUUUGGAGGAAAAGGAAAGCAACGCAUCUCCAACACAAAACGUCCCCUAAAGAGACGGCCUCUCCUCCAAGAGCACCCCAGAGUGAAGCACUAGAGACCCCUAGCCCUAUGGCUGUAUCAAAAUCCCCCUUCCCAAAACCCCAGGUGCACAAACUUGCUAUUUCACCCAUCAAGACCAUCCAAGUGGUGCCUUCUAAAAAUCUGACUUUGGAAGAACUUAAAUCUUAAUACUUCUGACACCCCUAAUUCAUGCAUAAAUUUUAGGACGGUU